CGCAUGAGGUAAAUUGUUGCCGGAAGACUACAGUGGAAACGUGAGUGAAGGAUAAAAAAACAAAAAACAAUGGUUCGUGUUUGUGCAUUUCCAAAUUGUGCCAACAAAAUGUCGAAGAACACUCCACGCAGCUUUCAUAGACUACCUUUGUUGGAUAGGGACACACUGAAGUUGUGGCUUGUUGUGAUACAAAUGGAUCCCAACACUCCUGUUCAUACACUGCGCCUUGCAGACCUUCGGGUCUGCAGUGACCAUUUUCACCGGGAUGACUACUGCCAGCCAAAGAGAAGAAGAAAUCUUAUACCAAAGCACUUUUUCCUAAAGAAAAAUGCUGUUCCAAGAGUGGAGAGACCUGCUGCAGACAGAGUGAAGAUGGAAGAUGGCCAGACACUGUUUGACUAUAACGUGGGACUCAAUGACAUCGUCCAGCUGCUGAUUCGCUCACAGACCGACCCUCCAGACAGCCACGCCACCAAGGACUCCUCUGGUGUGGCCUGUAGUUCAGACCUCCCCCCUGACUCCAGGUCAGAAAGCCACAACUCCCCAGCUCCCGCCUCCCCCGCUGCUAUGGAAAUCCCCACAAAUAUAGACAAUGGCAACAGCAGCAUCACUACCAGCACUGUUAACGAAACCAAGCCGGACACCAGCGCUACCAGUAACUCAUCCAGUACCAAAAAUGGGUUCAAGUCCUCCAGUCCAGCACGGGACACCCAGCCCCCCACAUCCAGCAGAAACACACUAGUCAACCCAGGAAUUGGUGUGUACAAGAUUAACGAGCUGGUGGACUGCAGAGACGUCAGCAUCGGUGCCUGGUUUGAGGCCUGCCUCGAAAAUGUGACACGCACUCCCAAAGGACAGAUAACGCCCACCAAGGGCAAGGUGGGCCGGCCCCCAAAAAGGACUAAUAGAAAGCUGGAGGCCGAGCAGGGACAGGCCUACGGCCAAGGCCAAACCACAGACAGUAACAGGAAUAAUGUUGUGUUAGGCUCUGAGAGUAAUGGAGCCUCCACCUCUCAGACAGACUCUACAGCAGCUACAGAGACCAAGGAGAGAGAAGAGGGUGUCAUUUACCACAUUAAAUAUGACGAUUACCCAGAGAACGGUGUGGUUGAGAUGCGACCGGUGGAUGUGCGGCCCCGUGCCAGGACCCUGCUGCGGUGGGACCAGCUCCAGGUGGGCAUGCAUGUGAUGGUCAACUACAAUAUGGAGACACCAGAUGAGAGGGGCUUCUGGUUUGACGCUGAGGUUCAGACCCUCAACCAAGCCUCCCGCACCAACAAGGAGCUCCGAGUCAAGAUCCUCCUGGGGGGUCCUGGAGAUAUAAUCGGGGAUUGUAAAGUUCAUUUUCUGGAUGAAAUCUACCAGGUGGAAAAACCAGGAGCUCGUGCACUCUCAGCCUCAGAUGGACAAUUUAAACGGAAGAGCGGACCGGAGUGCAAGCACUGCAAGGCUGACCCCGAAGCAGAGUGUCGCUUCUGCUCCUGCUGUGUUUGUGGCGGCAAGCAGGAUGCUCACAUGCAGCUGCUGUGUGACGAGUGUAACAUGGCGUUCCACAUCUACUGCCUCAACCCGCCGCUGGCCACCAUCCCGGAUGACGAGGACUGGUACUGUCCCACCUGUAAGAACGACACCAGUGAGGUUGUUAAGGCUGGAGAGAAACUCAAAGCCAGCAAGAAGAAAGCCAAGAUGCCUUCGGCAACAACUGAGAGUCAAAGGGACUGGGGAAAGGGUAUGGCCUGUGUGGGGCGUACCAAGGAGUGCACAAUUGUUCCUUCAAACCACUAUGGACCCAUACCCGGUAUUCCUGUUGGAGCCACCUGGAAAUUCCGAGUUCAGGUGAGUGAGGCAGGUGUUCACAGGCCGCAUGUUGGUGGUAUCCACGGGCGCAGUAAUGAUGGCUCCUAUUCGCUGGUGUUGGCUGGGGGCUUUGAGGAUGAAGUGGAUCGGGGAGAUGAGUUCACCUACACAGGCAGUGGGGGUCGUGACCUCUCAGGAAACAAACGGAUCGGAGAGCACUCUUUUGACCAGACCCUGACACACAUGAACAGGGCAUUGGCCUUAAACUGUGAUGCACCUCUGAAUGACAAAGAUGGGGCAGAGUCUAGGAACUGGCGGGCAGGAAAGCCAGUGAGAGUAGUGCGCAGUUCCAAAGGUCGACGCAUCAGCAAAUAUGCUCCUGAGGAGGGGAAUCGCUACGAUGGUAUUUACAAGGUGGUAAAAUACUGGCCAGAGAUUGGCAAGUGUGGUUACCUGGUGUGGCGGUACCUCCUGAGACGGGACGAUUUGGAACCAGCACCAUGGACACCUGAAGGACUGGAGAGGAUCGAAAAACUGGGCCUUGCUGUUCAGUACCCACCCGGCUACUUAGCGGCUAUGGCUAACAAAACAAAGAAGGAGGCCUGCGCCCGACCUGGUCGCGGGGGAAGGACUAAGCACUAUCCCGGGAGAGGGAGGCCACGGAGACGCAAGAUCAAGGAGAAAGAAGAGAAUUACGAGGAAGAAGAAGACGAGCAGCCAAUGGCCAGUGUGUAUGAGGAGGAGCCACAGAGUAAUGGAGAGCAGAAGACAACCAGCGAUAACGAGUUGCCACCAGCGGCAGAGCCUCCCUCUAAAAGGGUGAAGAUAGAGGAGACUUUCCAUCUGUCACAGCAGCAGCAGCAGUUAAUCCGGGAGGACACAGCCAACAGGAAACUCUGGGAUGAAGCCAUGGGACACCUUAAAGAGGGACCGAAUUUCCUGCGGAAGAUGGAGCAGAUCUUCAUGUGCGUGUGCUGCCAGGAGCUGGCCUACCAACCCAUCACCACCAUUUGCUCACACAAUGUUUGCAAGACUUGUCUACAGCGAUCGUUCCGAGCGGAUGUGUACACCUGCCCUGCCUGCCGUCACGACUUGGGCAAAGACUACGUCAUGACCCAAAACGUGACGCUUCAGGUGCUGCUUGACCAGUUCUAUCCGGGCUACAGCAAAGGCCGAUGAGAUCGAAAUCACAUUUCUAAGUAGAACCCGUACAUACACGCACACGCGCAUCCAUUCUGUGCACCCAUGUAUACCGUCAAGUACCUAGAGCUCCACUUUAAAAUGCAUUGCGCACACAUACUGUACUUACCCAUGGGCAAAUGUUUAUUGCAUAUACAGCCAUUUAUGUAUACAAUCAUUUACACACAAACAACCUCAGUAGACACUGACCUCAUCUGUUGAACCUGGACUUUCUCCAUUAACAUCACCAGCCUGAAAUUCAACCAAGGACAUUUUUUAACCUCCCGACUGCUACUCCCUACAAACGCACAAAAGAGCCCCAAUUCACACCCACUAGCCACCUCAAGAUAUUAGCAAUUGUUUUAUUUUAUUUGCCCUUUCACUGUGUUUUUCACACAUAAAUUGACAUUUCAUAUCAUGAAAUCAGCCAUUAGACUCCUGCCAACCCGUACGCAUUUUGCGUACCAUGUAUGCAGUUUUACACCAAAAACACUCAGCUGAGCUGCUUCAUACAUGUGCAGUAUUUUAGUCAGCUGGCAAAUAAAGGUGCUAAUUUAAUACGUUGAUUUAGGCACAGCAGGACAUAACACCCCCUGCACAACAUUCAGAGUGAGCAAGUAUGUCGGGACUGAGAGUUGGCCUGUUAUGGCAAGGUAAAAUCAGGAUAUAAUUAAUAUGUAUUUAUACUGAAAAGAAGCACACAAUGUUUCAUGCCUUUUGAAGCACUUUAUCAAUCAUAACAGUUAUACAGGAGCACACGCUAGCAUUCUGCAAGCUGCUCAUGUCACUUGGAAUUAUGCCAUUGCCAUACCUUGAGCUAAUAAGAAUAGCAAAUGUGUUGCCAGAGGUACUUUCAGUGCAUCUGCAGAAAACAGAAAUUUGGCAGCUCUGUUAGGAAAUUUCUGGGUCCAACAAAACUGCUUCCUUAUAGUGAACGCAACAAUGAUCAACACGCACAACUCUGUCUGAUUUUAUGAGUAAAAUAUAAAUAAAUAAAAAAGGCAAUUACUUCAUUAACAUACCAAAGACGUGAGGCUGUAGAGCAGGUCGGGAACAAAUAUCUACAAAAAUCUGCUUCGAAGAAUCGGGUGAAGAAUCGCUCCUAAAAAUAAAAGUAUCAAACAGGACCUUAACCAAAUUAUCAUCUUUCUUUAGAAAGGCACUUUUUGUUAGCUAAAAACAAAUGUACAAGAUAAACAAACACAUACUACUAGAUCUCUCUCGUAAGUGUAGUUGAAUGCUCUUACAUUAUUGCAAUUAUGUAUUAAGCAUUUAUGUUAAGACAUUUAUAAAGGAAGUUCUCACAUCUAUGUAUUUUCACAUAGUACUCUCAUUCG